AUGUCAAAAUCAUCAAAUGACUUAUUAGUUAUUGGAGCUGGUCUACCAAGAACUGGAACCAAAAGUUUAAAGAAUGCUUUAGAAAUUCUUUAUCAUAAACCAUGUUAUCAUAUGACUGAAAUUAUAACAAAACAACAUAAUGAUAUUGAGAAAUGGCAACAAUUAUUUGAUGAAGCAUUAAAGAAUAAACCAAAUGAAAUAAUAAUUAAUCAAGGUUUAAAAGAUAUAUUAAAUGAUUAUGGAACAGUAACUGAUGCACCAGCAUGUGGAUUCUAUCAAGAGUUAAUGAAGAUCUAUCCAAAUGCUAAGGUUAUAUUAACAAUACGUGAUAAAAAUGAUUGGUUGUCAAGUUUUCGACAAACUUUAAUGCCAAAAUCAAAUGAUCCAUCUAAUAGAACAAUAGAUGAAGCUGAUCAAAUAUCUAAACUUGGUCCAAAAUUCAUUAAAAUGGCUAUUGAUUCAAUGAAAUUAGCAUUUCGUAAAAUUGAUUUUGAUAUAGAUAAUGAUGAAGAAAUGCUUAUAUGUUAUGAUGAAUAUAAUAGAAUUGUUAAAGAAACUGUACAACCUGAACGUCUUUUAAUACAUAAUCUUGGUGAUGGUUGGGAACCUUUAUGUAGAUUUUUAAAUGUUGAUAUACCGGAAGGUAUAUCAUAUCCUCAUAUAAAUGUUCGUAAAUAG